UUUUAUAAGAUCACUAAUAUGGACUCACCGACUACAAGUGUUGUUUCCUCAUUUCUCGAGGCUGCUUAUCAGGGCGAUAUGAAUCGCAUGAAGGAGCUUAUGGCCAGCAACUCCGGUCUAUCUGUUAAUGUUCAAGACUAUGAUAAGAGAACCCCUCUUCAUUUAGCUGCUGCUGGUGGUCACAUGGAUGCUGUCCAAUAUUUGUUGGGUGAGGGGGCUCAGCUCAAGACUGAUCGCUUCGGUAUGCUUCCUAUCCACGAUGCUGUGGUGAACCAUCAUAGCGACAUCAAGGAGGUGCUCGGUCAACUCGACCUCAAGUGUGAUGAUGCCAUGUGCUAUCUUUCCCCUGAGAAGGAGGAGGCUUUGAGGGAGCAAGUGAAGAACACCAAUAUCUCUCUGACUCCUGAGGAUUUGGAAACCAAGAUGACUCAGGUCUUUUCGAUCAUUAUGAAGGAAGGUGUCCUCGCUGCUGGUUCUCUCUGGCAGGAGAUCGUCUACUACUUCACUGAGCUUGGUCUUCAUCCCAGCUACUUCAAGCAUUUUACCAGUGCUGAGAUCGCCAGGCAUAUCCAUUGCCUUAUCGCUGCUAAGAAGGUCGCUCAGGCUACCAAGUCUGACUAUAUCCACUUCGAGAUUGAGGAAGCGGAUUCGGCUUUCUAUCUCACCACUAUGGAGCCUGAGAAGAUUGCCAUCACUGAUGCUAAGGUUGCUGAGUAUAUCAAUACUGCUAAGGACUGUGGUUACACUAUCACCUUCCUAAAGUCUGAGAAGGCUCCCAUGGCCGAAGGGAAAUUCCCUCUCGGCGUCUUUGUUGUCGACAAGCAACAGUUCGAGUCGGGUGUUAAGUUCGAGAACAUGAUGGAUAAGAGCGACCUUCAGCUCGUUGCCACUCCGAAAGUUCCUUGA